UGUACGAGAAAUAGGACAGUUUUAUUGACUCAGCCAAAAGAAAUGCACUUUGCUGAUGCCAUUUCCUGUUUCAGUUUCCAAGCAAAAACUCUAGUCAUGGCAAUAUUUUUCUCUUCUUUUCAUCUAAUUUCUCAAUAAUCAAACUUGCUUGAUUUCCAUAAAGCCAAAGCUUUUUCUGCAUAUGUGUUAUGAAAAUUUCCCUUUUCUGAACAGGCAGAAAUUACCCAACAUAUUGUCUGUUUCCACUUCCACUGGUUGGGCCCGAGAUACUUGGUGCAACUGGCAAAAGAUCUUUGAAUGAGAAAAUGGCUGUGGCUUUUACCCAGCUUUCAUGGUGGUUGUGGAGUGGAAAGCAGAAAGAGCCUAGAAUCUCCAAUUCAUCUUCUUUAAGUUCUUCACCCGACCCCGGCAUGUGGGAAUCUGAUGGUUUAAAGUUUCAUUCGGUUAAGGGGGCCAGUAUGGCCUCAUCAUCAUCAAGAAGGGUGAAACGCAAAUGGCAUAGUCGGGAAGAACGGAAAAUUGAUAGGGAAUAUGAUCUUGUUCUAGUUCCAUCUGAGGGAGGAUGUUUUUCUGGUUCUGAGUCUGAUGACUCGGAUUGGUCAGUUGGAUGGUUGGAGCCUCAUGGACCUGGGUUUCGGAGUGAUGAUGAUACAGACGAUAGUUUUGCUGUGCUGGUUCCAUGCUAUGGGCAUGUUAUUCAUGAUAUGGUGAAGGAUCCAAAGAGCAAUAUCUUGAGCACUGUUGGGAACAUCCCAGAUGGUUAUUCCGAUGAAAGCAAGAAAUAUAUGGAAGAGUGGCUCUCUUCUCUCAGGAACAGCUGAAGGCAGAUUGAAAUGGAUACUUAUUAGUAGAAGAGGACUGGCUAAUGUCGGUCCAAGCUAAUAUAACUUUGAGUAGUAGACAUGGAGAUUUAUGAAGGAUUACUAUUGCUAGAAGGUGGCCUGCUUUCUUGCUGGAUUUGCCUUGGCCAGCAAGUAGUUGGCUGCUUCAAAAUUUAGGAUGGUACCACGUGAUAUAAGUCAAUAGCUAAAAGAAAGAAAGAAAAAAAAAAAAAAGAAGAGGAAAUUUUGGCUUGGGAAACUUUUAAGAAAAUGAAGAAAAAUGAAAAAAGGGAAGGAAAAGAAAAUAUAAUAGGUGGGAUGUGUAAAUUUGCCUUACAUGUGAUUCAUGGAUGUAAAUAAUGCUGGACGUACGAGAGAUAGGAAGCUUAAUGCUUCUUCCUAAUAUUUGUUGUAAAUAAUCUAUGAAUAUUCAUAAAAGAAAAAUUGUAAAUAUUAUGUGAAGAGAAGAAACCAAUGACUCUCUGAUAGCUUCAUGUUGAUGUUAUUGUAAAUAACGUGUUAAUAAUUCAUAUUGUUGUAAGUACUUUUUGAAUAAUAAUAAAAAAUUUGUAAAUAUAA